CAACUUUUCCUUCCCCCACCCACAAAACGCAAUCCAUCCCCAUCGCGUACAUAAUCUGUUUUUGUUUGUUGGGAAAAGCUGCGCAUUUUUCCUCGUCAGUUUUCUUUUUUCCGGCUGCAGAACCAAGCCAUUCAUCUCCUGCAUCCCCAGACACAAACAGUGCACGGUGCGUCCGAUAAUGGCGGAGUCGCUGGAAAAUAGUGGUGCCUCAAUCGCUUCCUCGUCAUCCGCAGAGCUGGAACCCCAAACUUCCCCAGAUGAUGGCGACGAACACAAACAUCAUUCCCCAGCAGAGGAGACGGGCGAGAAAUCCGACCCCGAAAUUGUGAAAAUGGAAUGUCCCGUCUGCCUUCAAACGUGCAUUCAUCCCGCAAGGUUGCCUUGUGGCCAUGUCUUCUGCUUCCUAUGCGUCAAGGGCGUUGCAUUUAAGAACCGUCGCUGUGCUAUGUGUCGUCGUGAUAUCCCGCCUAGCUAUCUAGAGCAUCCACAGUUGGUCAACGGGCUGCGAGAGGUCGAGAAGGCCGCCAAAGCUAAUGAUGGUGCCGAACACCAGUGGUACUAUGAAGGCCGCAACGGUUGGUGGCAAUACGACGAACGCACCAGCCAGGAACUAGAGGAAUCCUAUCAGAAAAAAGAACGGUUUUGCAAAAUUUUAGUUGCUGGAUUUCUGUACAUUGUGGAUUUUGAACAUAAAUGCCAGAUACGGCAGAAUGAUCCGUCCAGGAUUCGGCGAGUAAAGCGGGAUUUGGCUACGAUUCCUAAGAAGGGUGUAGCCGGUUUGAGACUGGAGACGAAUGAUUUAACUGCUGGGGCAGCUCCCAGUUCCAACUCGGAUGGAUCGUUGAACUCGGAUGACUUGCAAGCGGAAACGAACCUGCUUCAGAUGCACCGAAACAUCGUGGUCGAAGAGGCAGAAGAAGAAGAACUGGAGGAGGAAGUGCGUCGCAUCAAUCUGGAUGGAAGCUUCAGCAGUGAUACUAAUAAUAGUGCAAACAAUUCGUUUGGCGAAGAGGAUCCGAUUCCAGGGAGCUCGGCUAGCGGAGGCGGCGAGGUGGAAUUGACUGAGGCGAUCAACAAUUUAAAUUCACUAACGCUGCGCGAACAGCAACGGUCAAACGAAAGGGUAGGAGAACCGAUUACGAUCAGACGGCGUGUUGUGACCGAUCUCCUCGCAUUGAGUGACAGUGAUGAUGAUAACGAGGAUAACGAUCAUAUUAUCCUGUAGACUUAAAGAGAGAUGUUCAUUUAGUAGACUUGGUAGCUGCGUAAAAAUCGUAGGCAUUUUAGGCACGACUAUCCUUCAGUUUUUGAUUAAUUUUAUUUUAAUUGUCUUAUCAUACGAAUCAGUCGUGGCGAAUUGACCCAUGAAUCGAAUUUCAUUCAAUUGUUUUCGAUAUGUGCAAUUGUUUCUCAAAGUGCUGCGGGAUAGUGUUGCUGCAUCCUAAACGGAAAACACAUCACUACAUUACGAAAUGAUUUUUCUUUCAACUAUGAAUUAAUUGUUUGUAUUCGAUCUUUUAGUUUAUAAGAAGUACGAUAUAUACGCGAAAAACUUUGCUCUCAAGUAAUUAUUCAAUUGAAUAGCUAUCUACAUAAGUAUGAAUACUUUUCUACACCGUAAUAAUCUGAAUCGCUGAAUAUUUUUGUUACUGCAACUUUUUUAACUGAUUAAUAAAGCCAACAUUUGGUUGUA